CCGAGCAGCCCGAGCAGGCCAGAGGCCAGUGUUUCGGCAGGUAGCGCCGCUGACGUCACCCUUCACCUCCAGCGCCACGGACACACUUCAGCACACACACACACACGCACGCACAGAGCGCGUUUGACGGCUCGUGUCGGCGGCCGCUGCUGAUGGAGCACAUCCGACUGCCCAAGGUGGAGAAUGUCCGGCUGCUGGACAGAGGGAGGGGGCGCGCCGGGACCCUCUACCUGACGGCCACACACACCGUCUUCGUGGAGGAUGAGGCAGGCGCGCGCAACGAGACCUGGGUGCUCCACAGUCUGGUGGUCAGUGUGGACCGACUGGCCACCACAUCUGCAGGAUGCUCCCUCAUCAUUCGCUGCAAGAACUUCCAGGUUCUCCACUUUGUGAUUCCGGAAGAGGCGGACUCCCAGAGCGUUCUCCUGUCUCUGCAGCGUCUCUCCCAGCCAGAGAGCGUCCAGGAGCUCUACUGCUUCUCCUACAAGCCCAACACCAGUGAGGAGGAGAGGCGGCAGGAGUGGGACUUCCUGGACCUCGGAGCCGAGUACAAGAGGAUGGGGCUCCCCAACUCCCUGUGGAAGCUCUCGUCGCUCAACCAAAGCUACGACGUCAGCGACACCUACCCGGCCGAAGUGUUGGUGCCCGCCUCGGCCAGCCCGCCCGUCGUCACCGGCAGCUCCAAGUUCCGCAGCAGGGGCCGAUUCCCAGCGCUGUCGUACCACUGCAAAGAGACUCAGGCCGCCGUCUGCCGCAGCAGCCAGCCGCUGUCCGGCUUCAGCGCCCGCUGCCUGGAGGACGAGCAGAUGCUGGAGGCCAUCCUGAGGUCCAACCCCCGCAGCGACUUCAUGUACGUGGUGGACACGAGGCCCAAGUUGAACGCCAUCGCUAACCGAGCGGCAGGGAAAGGCUAUGAGAACGAGGACAACUACUCCAACAUUAAAUUCCAGUUCAUCGGGAUCGAGAACAUCCAUGUGAUGAGGAACAGCCAGCAGAAAAUGCUGGAAGUGGCCGAGCUGCGCGCCCCCUCCAUGUCCCACUUCCUGGAGGGCCUGGAGAACUCGGGCUGGCUCAAGCACAUCAAAGCGGUUCUGGAUGCCGGCGUCUUUGUCGCCAAGGCCGUGGCCGAGGAGGGGGUCAGUGUCUUGGUCCACUGCUCGGACGGUUGGGACCGGACGGCUCAGGUGUGCUCCGUGGCCUCUCUGCUUCUGGACCCCUAUUACAGGACUCUGAAGGGACUCAUGGUUCUGAUCGAGAAAGACUGGAUCUCAUUCGGACACAAGUUCUCCCACAGGUGCAGCCACCUGGCGGGAGACCCCAAAGACGCCUCCCCCGUCGUGGACCAGUUCCUGGAGUGUGUGUGGCAGCUGAGCGAGCAGUUCCCCUGCGCCUUCCAGUUCAACGAGCGCUUCCUCAUCACCGUCCACAGCCACAUCUACUCCUGCCAGUUCGGAAACUUCAUCGGAAACAGCCAGCGAGAGCGGGCGGAGCUUAGCCUGUGCGAGCGGACCCACUCUCUGUGGAGCUACCUGUGGUCCAACCGAGCCGACUUCCUCAACCCGCUCUACAGACCCAGCCACAGCCAGUCGCAGGGCCUCCUCCGACCUUCUACUGCACCCUACUGCUUCAAGUUCUGGCGUGGGCUGUACAACCGUUUCGACCGCGGGCUCCACCCCAGACAGUCGGUGGAGGACUGUCUGAGGCUCGUCCGAGAGGAGACGCAGCAGCUGGAGGCGCAGCUGUCCUCGCACAAGCAGAAAAUCGCUGACUUGGAGCAGAAGCAAGAGUGGGAGCAGGCCAAGAAAGAAAUGCUCUUUGACCGGAGCCCCACCAUGUGGGCUGCGGGCGGGGACUUGGUUUUGGCCAACACCCCGCAGGACUACACCGGGGGCCUCUUCACCGGCAGUGCCAGCCUCAUCCUCUGGCCGCAGGACCCCAGCCACUGCAGCAGCAGCAGCAGCAGCAGCGAGCAGGAGUCCGCCAUCGCGGAUGUGACCUGCCGCUCGCCCUUCAGCGAGGACGCCGACUCGGACCAGGCGCUUCACGCCACUGCCUGACUCAAACACUGCAACAAGCAACGCUGCCGCACUUUGUUUCCUCUGCGCCUGUUGCACAGGUUUUAGUGAUGAAGCCCCUCCUCCCCCCGCUCACUCACAGCAGAUGUUCAGCGAGUGGACCUGCGUGCGAGAGUGUGUUUCUGCGCCGUUAGAUCUGAACUGACGGAGCCGCACAGGCCUCACUGAUUCAUAUUUCAAGACAAAAAAGAAACGUCGUACUUUGGUUGUGUGACGCGUUCUGUGAGCAGCACAACAGGGCGCUUGUGUUUUUUUAUAUUUGACUUGUGUCACAUCUGUCCACAAUGUUGCCAUGCUCAACUCAGCUCAAUAAACACGGU